AUGCAGUCCCUCUUUUCCGUCACAAACAACGUCUCCCUCGUCACAAUCACCGUCACCCCCGGCACCUUCCUCGCCGUCGUUGGGCUGCUGCUCUGCUUCCUCACCCUCUACAUACCCGUCGUGCCGCAUAUUCGCUUCCCCCGUGUGUCACUCCCACGCGCUCUCGUGCCGCCGUCGUCCUCGCACGGUAGCACCAGCGAAUCAUCGUCAUCGGCGCUGCUCCUACGUGGUACUACCCCAUCGUCCUACCCCUCCUCCACUGCCGUUGCUGCUGCAACCGCCGCCGCUGCCACUGGUCCAGGUCGGCAUAGGACCCAGAAGGCUCUGCCUGCGUUGCCGGCACCGCUGCAGCCACCUCGAUCUCGUGGUGCGCUGCUGCCCGCGCCCCCGUCGUUGAUUGAGCAGCUCGCGCCGUCGCGCCAGCUUGCGCUGCCCGAGUUCAUCUCCUCCUACUGGGGCGGUCGUCGCCGUCGCGAGACAACCCCUCCUCCUCCUGCACCACCUUUGAAGCAUGGCGCCGACAAUACCAUUCCCGCCACCGCUGUCUGCUGCGCCAAAAGCUGCGUCGCAAGGGAUUGUAGCAGUGUCAGCCACAACACCAACUUCGAACCCCCAGCCAGCCCCAUAACGGACAACACAUCGCGCUCCUCGACCCGCCGCUCCUCGAUGGCCACCAGGAGCGAGCCCGCGACCGAAGAGGACGACCAGUCAGUGGCAGCGGCGAACCUCGCCGCAGACUCGGAAGCGGACUCCGCCGCUGGUGGCUACUCACCACCAGCGUGGCGGAGACUCGGCAACGGCGGCCGCAGUCGCGGCUUCUGGAGCAGCCCGCAGACAGAUGAGCUCGCCUUUCAUUCUCCGCUGUCGCCGUCGUUCCCGGAAUCCUCGGCCCUGUCGGGCGAGAGCGAUGGCGAGUCCAGCGACUCUAGCGAGGCCACCACUGAUAUACUGGAACGAGCCAUACAGACAAGGCUGCCCCAGGGGAGCCAGAGUCCGGAGAAGCGGCGCAAUAUUCGAUUCGCCGUCCGUGCCGAGGUGCAUCAGCGCACCGAGCCCAUCGAGGCCGCUGUGUCCUUUGUGCGCAAGCGCUACCAGGCCGCCAUGUCAUCUUGGUUUUCCAUGCUCACCAGCAUGUCUGUUGCGCUCUUCAGCAUACUAUUUGUCAGGUUCCUCCUGCAACCCGUCGCACCGCGGCCGGCCGGCGACCUCGUCAAGGUGGCGGGCAUCGCGCGCUCCUUUGAGCCGCUCAUUUACUACUCGGAACACGCCGUCACCCAAGUCCAUGACCUACAAGCCACGAGUGUGGCCGUCUGGGAUCUGGGCGAGAGCGUGCGCUCCAGUGAUAUGCUCGAUGCGACGAGCAUCGUCUCCGGGUUGGAUGCGCUCAGUGAGACGAUGAGAACAUUGUCAGUCGAAAUGACUAAAUUCUUUGCCCGCGUUGAUGGUGACGUUGACGGCAUUCUCAACGUCAUGGAUUGGGCCAAGAUGCACCUGAACCGCCUCAACAGCGCCCAGGCGCCCUCGACCAUGUCAGUCGCCUACGACAACAUCCACAACCUUCUCUCUCACGCGCACGUCCUCGAAGACGCCGACGGCGUGCCCACCUCACUCGGCAAUCUUGCCACCUACCUCUUUGGCCCGUCCAAUCCGCAGCGCGAGCAGCGUUUGAUCCAGCUCCUCUUUACCGAGUUCCUCACCGUCCUGGAGGAGAGCAUCGCCGCCGAGCUGCAGCACAGCGUGACCCUCUUUGCGCUCUUCGAAGCCGUCGACCACCACUUUCUUAACCUCGCGCGCAUCGUUGUUCGCGAGACCUCGGCGCAGGAGGAACUCCACUACGACUCGCUCGCGAGCCUGUGGGUGCGGCUCCUUGGUACGCGUGCCGACGAGCUGCGCAAGUUUACCCAGAACCGCGACCUCUUGCGCAACGUUCGCGACAAGACGGUUCGCAACAAGCGGGUCCUCAUCGACCACCAGGGUAAGCUCCUCACUCUUCAGGCCUCGCUCGAGAGUCUGCGCGGCAAGCUCGUCUCCCCCCUCGUGCGCGGCGCAAACGCCACGACGCUCUCGCUCGAGGACCAGAUUUACGGCAUUUCCUCAGUCAGCGAGUACCUCGCCGAAGUGCGCCGACAGCAAAAGGGUAAAGUCAUGCAGCAUUUGUUUUCGAGCUCUCACGGGAGAAACGUUCUCGGAGACGAGAUUCCCCCGCGCGUGGGCGGCUUUGACAUUGACGGUCAAAAAGUGUAA